AUGUCUGGUAUAGUUGAGACCAGUGAAAUUGAGGCAUUGCUGCGAGAGUUGGAAAGUGUUGGGGGCACACCCACCCACAGCAGCAGUAAUAACAACAAUAAUAAUAAUAACAACAGUACUAGUAUCAACACUCUUAAUAAUAGUAACGGGGAGGAUAAUCGUCCAUUUUCUCAACGAAGACGUGGUUCUGGAAAUGUGGAUUCCGUGGUUUCACGAUUUACAAAACGUCCGGGAAAAUCUCUCUUCUCUACAUAUACAGACACCAGCACAGAAAGCCGUCGGGCGGUAAUCCCUCUUGGCAAACGUUUACCACCCUUAAAGCCUAUUGGUACAAACAUUGGAGAUCUCACGAAGGAACCCACACAACGAACGCUGACAUUCUCUCGUACAAAAGUUAUUGGUGGUUCAAAGGUCUCUGCACAGCAGCGAACACCACUUGAGGAUGCACGAGAAUUAUUAACUGCCGUAAGGAGUGUAUCACAGGAAUCUCAACAUGAGGGACCAAAUGAACCAGAAGUAUUACAACAACAACAACAACAACAACAACAAGCAGUUCAUGGGAGAAGAUCAUCAAAAGCCUCUGAUGGAAAGAGUGAGGAAUACAGAGAAGCCAACUUUUUACCAAUUAUGUGCGCCCGAUAUAUGAAUCCUGCUGGUAUUGCACCUCGUGCUCGUUGGGGCCAUACCUUAACGCCUAUGCAAGGACACAAAUUGUUAUUAUUUGGUGGUAUGGAUAUAGAAGAAGGUGAAACCGCCUCUCUUUUUGAAUAUGAUGCUCAUCAUGUUUCUUGGGAUCCUUUAUUUAUGGCUAAUGGGGUUUCACCCACACCUCGAACCAAUCAUGCUGCCUGUUCUCGUGAAGGACGAUGGUUGUAUAUCAGUGGAGGUUCAACCCAUCGUGGGGCACGUAUUCUUGGUGAUCUUUACUGUUAUGAUGCCUAUAAACAGGAAUGGAAAUGUUUAUGGGAAUAUAAUAGUGGUUCUGUUCAAAAUAAGAAUGAACCCAAACCACGUUUUGGUCAUUCAAUGAUUUUUAGAGAUGAUCGUUUGUAUAUUUUUGGUGGAAAAACACUAAAACGGGACCAAAGUGAGGCCCGUGGUGCUCCAAUUGUGACAGUGGCAUCCUCUGAAGUUUAUAUCUUUUCACUAAACAGCCAUAAAUGGAGAAAGCGAAUUCAUAUCGGAAAAAGUACGGUAUCAGGUGAAGAAAAGAAAACACCUGAAAAGGGAAAAGAAAAAACCAUAUCAGCAGAUGGAGCAGAAGUAGUAGGAGUAGAAGUAGUAGAAGGAGGAAAAGAAGGAGAAAAGGAAGGAAAAGGAGAAGAAGAAACUGGAAAGAAUGAAACAAAAGCCGUAGCAGACCGUCCAGCGAAUCGAUAUUAUCAUGCAGCUUGUGUUCUUGGUGACAAAAUGUAUAUAAACGGUGGCGUCAGUGAUACCGGUGUGACAUUAAGUGAUACAUGGAUGUUAGACCUUAAAGAACAGAAAUGGACACAAUUACAUGAUGGCACGAGUGCAGAUGCUUUCCCACGUGAACGACAUCAUCUCUUUGCAUGUGGAGAAGCGCUUAUGGUUGUAGGAGGAUGUAGUGCAAGUGCACAUAGUGGUCGAAUUACACUAAAAUAUCAUAAUUUCGUUGCUGUAUUAGCCUUGGAAAGUGAUGUGAACUUAUGUUGGAUUCCUGUGGCGAUGGGAAAUGUAUCUAUUGUAUCUCCCAGUAAAAAAGCAUUUGGUGCGGCUUUCAGUGGUGGCUUUGUUCAUGUCUUUGGUGGUGUUUGUGGAAGUGAACCGGCAACCAACACAAUGGUACGAUUUCUCGCCGCGGAUGGAUAUUUUGAAAUUGAUUCACGUGCCACUACUACUGCGAGUAUGGAUGCCCUUCGUUCAAUGAUGCGUCGUAUUCGUGAAGGGGGAUCUGGUGCUCAUUAUGAUAUAUAUGUUCUUCCACGCAGCUUUGAUGGGGAAUCUUCUAUUGAUAUUCAAAAUAUUCGUUCCUUUGGGGUUCAUCGGGCACUUUUACAAUUACGAGCGCCAAAGUUUUGGGAGGAUUUAACACGAUGUCGUACACAACAAGUUCGAACUGUGAGUGGACGAGGAAAAGAUGCCUCUACGGCAUUGGAAGUUAACAUAAAGACAGAAUCCACCGGUUCCUUCAUAAAAGAUAAUAAUAAUAAUAAUAAUAAUAAUAAUAAUAAUAAUAAUAAUAAUAAUAAUAAUAGUGAUAUUGGGUAUCAUACACAUGCGAUUGCCUACUGUACGGAAGGUAAUUCACGCGUUCAAGGACUUUCACUUCCACUUUCAUCUGAACAACUGCAGUGUUUAUUGGAUUAUAUUUACUGGGGUGAUAUUCGUCAUCGCCUUCCUUGGGAACAGGAGGAGGAUGAAGUGGUGGAUGAUGGAGCUAUUCAAGAGGAAAUAAAUGUAAUUGAAGGUCUUCGACGUGCGGCAGAACUUUAUAAUCUUAUUCCUUUAUUUGAUAUCUGUGAUGUACUUCUCUCACGUAAUCGCAAAAAGUUAAAACAAAUACAGGAGAAUAGUAUGAAACAAUUACAAGUGGAUCUUCUCUCUCUCUUAGAGACAAGUAAUGGAGCUACAUGUACGGUUCUUUUUGUAGAUCCUCAUACAAAGCAGCAAUCUGUACAUGCACUUCAUCCAUUUAUUCUCAUGGCCUCAAACUCAUUCUUUAACGAUUUACUUCGCCCAUUGUUAAGUGGUGAAAGGACAUCAUUUCAAGUUGGUCCUGUGGCGGCAAAGGUAAAGAGUGGAGGACGAAGUAAUAACCCUACUACUACUAAUACUAAUACAGAUAAUAAUAAUAAUAAUAAUAAUAAUAAUAAUAAUAAUAAUAAUAAUAAUAAUACAAAAACGAGACGUGAUAUUCUUGUGGGUCCAGUCUCUGUUCCAUACUUGGCCGUAAUGCCAUUAUUACGCUAUUUCUAUACACAACAACUCACAGUACCUCGUGAGGCGGUGUUUGCCACUAUGUUGGGUGCUCAUUUAUUAGAUGUUCCCUCCCUACAGGCCUAUUGUGAAUCUGUAUUAGCACGAGAAGAAGUUAACUACGAUACCGCAGGGGAAUUCUACGCAUUAGCGGGAAAAUAUCAGGCACCAUUAUUACAGGAAACCGCACUUCUCACGGCUGUACUUGGAUAUGCGGAGGUGCGAUACUCCCCAGCAUACCGUGCACUCUCAGAGAAGGAGGCACAUGAAAUUGAUGCCGUGGCGCAGGAACUCGGAGCCACAACGUGGAUUGCACCACCGCAGCCAACAAAUGAAGUAAAGCCAGCGGCGGUGUAUCAAGCACGCUGGUAUGCUUCCUCACCUUCACGAUAA